CGGGUUCGACGUCAUGGAUACAGCAACACUUUGGUGCCAAAGGCACAGCUGGGCGGAAGAGAGCGGUGGGACCCCAUGGAGCUCUUCCAGCAACUGCAGCAGAUCGGACACGAGUUGGACGGCAAUGUAGAGCUCCAGAGGAUGAUAAACGACUCUGCGCUCAGUCCAUCAAAAGACGUGUUCAUGAGAGUCGCCUAUGAGAUCUUUUCAGACGGAAAGUUCAACUGGGGCAGGGUGGUCGCACUAUUCUACUUUGCCUGUCGACUCGUCAUCAAAGCUCUCCUGACAAAAGUUCCUGACAUCCUCAUAACAAUAAUCAGCUGGACCAUGGACUACCUCCAGGAAAAUGUGAUCAACUGGAUCAGG